AUGCCUGAAUCCGCAUUACAUGAAGGUGAAUCGUCCAAAUCAUAUUCAUGCAGUCUGAAAUUCCCUAAUAUAUUUUCGGAUGAUGAUGAUGAUGAUAAUAGUGACAAGUUGAGUGAUGAUCCUCGUCGACGUUUAGCGAUCUCUGAUAAAAAUGUCUCCAGAGAUUUUAGUACAAUCACUGCGUUUUCUCCAUCACAAGAAUUGAAUUGUGCAACUUUUACUUCCAAUGUCUCUAUAUCACCUCGAAGAAUGAAUCAAUAA